GUGGCCACUUAUCAUUGUGGUGUGAAGACGAGAACAGACAAACACACCGAGCAGCAUAACGCAGAAUAGGGAACAAUCUCUCUCUGAAGCUACCAGGAAUACCAACUAAUAGUGUUUACAUUUCACUUUAAAAAGCCUCUGGCAAGAAUCCAGAGAAUUCCAGUCCCCAAGGAUAUCACUCAUCUUAAGGGAUAUCACUGAAUUGGACAGUGGCAAGAAGAAGAACAUUGUUACAGCAAGCGUUAACAUAGAGAGGAGUUGGAUCAGUGAACAAGAGAACUUGACCCUUCAGAGAUUAUUCCUAGUGCGACCCUUUCAUCACCAUCUGCAAGACCAGCACAACAGAGAUAUGGCAAACCCUACCAAGCCUUCUCUUAUCACUGCAAUUGCAAGAGCCAACGUUUCAUCAAACAUCACAGAGGAUCCAAGUCUCGUCAGUAAUGACGCCUCGACCAUUGUGGGCGCCAUCAUCCUCACCCUGGUCUUCCUCAUCGGCGUGCCUGGGAACCUCUUCAUCAUCUGGAGCAUCCUGGCGCGCUCGCGCAAGCGCUCCAUCACCACCCUGCUCAUCCUCAACUUGGCGUGCGCCGACGGCUUCCUCAUGGCCCUGACCGUCUUCUUCGUGGUCUACCUGGCCAAGCAGAGCUGGAUCUUCAGCAGGUUCCUGUGCAAGACGCUCUUCUACCUGUGCAACGUCAACAUGUACGCCUCCAUCAUGCUCAUCACGCUGAUGAGCCUCCACAGGCUGGUGGCGGUGGUGUGGCCCCACCACGUGGGCAUCAUCAACAAGAAGCGGAUCGCGCUGCGCGUGCUGGGCGGCGUCUGGGUGCUGGUGCUGCUGCUGGCGCUGCCCGCUCUGAUCUUCAGACAGGUGCGCGAGGACGUCACCGCAACGGGAAAACGCUACGUGUGCGCGCCGCAGCACGAUAAAGGGCAAUACGGCAAAUUGGAGGUGUUCCAGUACAUGUUUGAGACGGUGAUGGGCUUCGUAGUGCCAUAUGCAGUGAUCGUGAGCAGCUAUGUCUGCAUCUUGCGACGCCUGAGAAGGACAAAGUUCACUCGCCGGGUCCGCAGUGAAAACCUCAUCCAUGCCAUUAUUGUGGUCUUUGCCGUAUUUUGGCUACCCUACCAUAUCAUAAAUAUGAUACAGGUUUCGGCUGCGCUUGCUGGAGAGGGCACCACUGUGGCACAAAGACUGGAAAAGAUCUGGAGACCCAGUCGUGCGGUGACGUCCUCCCUGGCUUUCAUCAGCAGCUGCGCCAAUCCCAUCCUGUACACUUUUGCAGGAAGGUCUUACAUCAAAACUAACGGCCUGGCCUUCAUGGCUCGUCUGUUUGAGGGAACUUCUCCGGACUCGGGCACCAGGAAGAUGAGGAAAGAAACGAUAGGGCUGAAGACAACAGAUUCCUCCACCAGUGCAGGGGGUCAGGCUGUGAUAAACGGAACACAAACAACUACUAAAUAGUGUGUGUGCGCACUGUGCAGAGUCAGUUACUCUGACGAGUGUGUCAUUCUGUAAUAUCCUGUGUUUCUAUUGUGUGGUUACACAGGAGUCUCAGAUGGUGUACUCUGUCUGUAGCCUACACAUAUGAUGGAUUUCAUUGGAAAUCUGUGAAAAAAUGGACAUUGGCUUCAACGUACCUUUUCCAAGAAAAUGUAAUAAGUCUCACAAAACCAAACCAUUACAUCAUAGAGCAAAUUUAAAUAUUGUAAAUAUUUGUUUCAUAGUGUUUUGUAUGGCUGUUCUUAGAUUAAAUAUACAACUGGACUGUAUAUAUUUGCAUUUGUAAUAUAUGAAAUAUUUUGUACACUCA